AGCCGCAGCCCCAGCCCGAGCAUCACACAGAAUGGCAUUCAAGCUGAGACUGCCUUGGCUCUCCGUAGUGUUAGUCCUCGUCCUUUUUGGCGCAGAUCUGUGCCAAUCGCAGGGCACAAAGUAUGGCCUGUGGACACCGGAUCGUGCCCAUUCCGAUGCCCAGCCCAUCCAGUGGACGGGCGGACAGUUUGAGUUCCCCUGCGCCAGCACCAAGUCGCUGUUCAAGAGCUCGGGCAAGUUCGUCUCCAAGAAUGUGAUUGCCACACGGGCACAGCUGAUUGGGGACACCAUCUUUUUGGCGCUGCCACGCUACAGGAAGGGUGUGCCCGCCACUCUGGUCAAGACGAGCGUGAAGCCCGGCGCCUGCUCAACGACAUUUAAGCCGUAUCCCUGCUGGGAUCUGCAGGAGGAGGGCAACUGCAAGGCGCUCCAGUCGGUGGUCGAUCUGGUGGUGGAUCAAAACGAGGUGCUGUGGGUCCUGGACACGGGCAUUGUCAACACCCUCGAAACGCCAGUGCGGAAGUGUGCGCCCAAGGUGGUGGCCAUGUCCGUGAAGACCGGCAAAGUGCUGAAAACCGUCUCCCUCGAGGGCCUCACAUCGAGCAGCUCCCGAUUGCAGUAUCUGGUGGUGGACUAUGCACCGGACGGCGGCUGCUUUGUGUACGUCAGUGAUGCCGCCAAUCGGGCCAUUAUCGUGUACAAUCUGCAGGCGGAUCGCGGCUUCCGUGUGGUGCUGCCCAAGGCUGUCUCUGCCGGCUGUCGCUCGAGGGAUGUCCUGUACAUUGCGCUCAUCCGCAGGGAUUGUGGCACCACAGAGCUGUACUUUACGUACUUGAGCACCAGCAAGCUGUUCUCCCUAAAAUCUGAGUAUCUACGCAGUGGCGUUGCCGAUGGACGCAUCUUGGAUCUGGGCAAGAAACCCACUCGCAUGGUCAUCAUUGGCACCGACAAUGGCUCGGCCAUAUUCUUCCGCAAUGAAGGCGACGCCGAGGUCUAUCGCUGGGACACAAAUUCCACCUUUGCGGAGGAGAAUUUUAAGCCCGUGUACCGGAGUCAAACGUGUCAGCUGGUGACCCAUGCUGUGCCCGAUUACAAACGGAAUACGAUGCGUGUAUUGCAGAGCAAUUUCCCUGAUUAUAUGCAGAAUCGUGUUGGUUGUGGUGCCAUACAGCAAUUGGGUCUCAUGCAGGGAUGUUGGUAGUUGGUAGUGGCCACUCUAUAGAUUGACACAUACACACAGAUACACCCACACAUGCACACACACAUGCACACAAACACACACACACACACACCAGUAAGCACACACCAUGAAUAUAGAGAGAAAAUCCACUGGCACUUGUAGUUUGCAGCCGAGAGAAUCGCACGAGAAGGAGACUGGUUUAGAGUCCUUUUUUUUUUGCCUCUUGAAUGCAGUUUGUUUUUGUAAAUAAACUAAACGACUUUUGGUCGCUGUUGUUAUCUAAGUUAAGCAAAUAAACAUUUCAUUGCUCUUCAACACACAGAGAGAAAGGGAGGGAUGG